AUGUUUUUUUUCAAUGGACGGUGGCGAAAUAUACAGCAAACAGUAUUAGGACUUGGUACAUGGAGGCAGCAAUUGGUUUAUCAUACGGAGAAUUCUACGUAUUACGAAAUACUCGGUGUUUCGAGAGGCGCAACACAGGCAGAAAUUAAGAGGGCUUAUUAUGAAAGGUCAAAAGAAUUACAUCCAGACAGGAAGAAGCGCUCAAAUAAUCACGAAGUUAAACGGCUAAACGAUGCAUUCAUCGAAUUAACUACAGCGUACGAAGUUUUGAAAAUCCCAGAACAACGGCGGACAUAUGAUAUUUCAUUGGAUAGCAGCAGAACAUUUAUAGAUUGUAGAGAACAGUCAAGCUUCGAUGGACUUUUCACCCAUUCUCAAUACAGGAAAAGAUCAGCGAGCUUGAUAAAAAUGUACUAUGAAUUCUGGGAGAGUUUCGGUGUCUUUGGCGAAUGUCUAAGAUUUACAGUGCAGUCUCUUAUUAUUUCAGCAGUUAUCAUCGGAAUACUAUUUAAUUUUUCAAAUUAA